ACGGGUGGGAAAGAGAGCGGGUUAUCAUUCUGAGCCCAAGUGGUUCUUCCGCAGGGAGCACCCUGCUCAGCAACUCCUCACGGUUUCCGUAAGAAAUUCUUUAGUUCACCCUUAGGAGGGCUGGGCCGUGUCCAGAAAUCCCACAAAGGGCGCGCAGGAGGAAUGGGCACAGAAAGACCCUCCCCUCUGGACCCGGAGCGCUCGGUAACGCAGACUUUCAGACGCCAAAAGGGCCUGUGGGCUUGGUCGCCCCUUGAGUCCCUCUGCCAGUCCCGUGCCAAGGGCCGCCCAGUGCAGAGGGCAGAGCUGUAACCACGGGGGCAGGGUGGCUGCAGCCAUUUGAUCGGGAGCGCCUUUGUCUUCUGCCAGUCCGCGCUGGGUCAGUAGCGCGCGGAGUAAUUAAUAUUCCGACCAUUAGCCGCCCCUUCACCCGGCCACCAGCCAACACUGCUGUCCUCUCCCUGCCGGCUUUCUCCAUCACUUGCGCACGUCCUUGCCUCUUCCAAAAACAUGGAACGUGGUCCAGACCUGCUAGGCAAGACGAGGUCACUAAACGCACUAUAGUGCAGUCACGUAAAAUCAAGGGUUAAGUGUUCAAACCUGCACCCGCCCGCCCGCAAGGAGACGGAAGAACUUUCUUGAUUAGCAUAGUAUCUGGCCUGGGGCCGCACUGCGAGGCGCGGUUCGGUCCUGGCGAGGUGAAGCGUGCAGUCCCGUCUCUACUGAGGUUUGACGCAGCACCUGCUUCUAAUCUGAAGGACCCGAGCCUUACAACUUUGCCGGACAAGACACUGUGGAAUGAAACAGAACAGAGAUCAAAAGUAUCCCAUUUCUCAGAGGAACAUUUCAUCCCGACAGCCAGGGAGAGAGCCUGGAUGCUCAAGUUGGGGAAUGGCGGUCAACGUGUAUUCUACCUCGAUAACCCAAGAGACUAUGAGCAGACAUGACAUCAUCGCAUGGGUUAACGACAUAGUAUCUUUAAACUACACAAAAGUGGAGCAGCUCUGUUCAGGAGCCGCCUACUGCCAGUUCAUGGACAUGCUCUUUCCAGGCUGCAUCAGUUUGAAGAAAGUAAAAUUUCAAGCAAAGUUGGAGCACGAGUACAUUCACAACUUUAAGCUUCUGCAAGCGUCGUUUAAGCGAAUGAACGUGGAUAAGGUAAUUCCAGUGGAGAAGCUAGUGAAAGGGCGCUUCCAGGACAACCUGGAUUUUAUUCAGUGGUUUAAGAAGUUCUACGAUGCUAACUACGACGGGAAGGAGUAUGACCCCGUAGAAGCACGACAAGGGCAAGAUGCAAUUCCUCCUCCCGACCCCGGCGAACAGAUCUUCAACCUGCCCAAGAAGUCUCACCACGCAAACUCCCCCACCGCAGGUGCAGCCAGAUCCAGUCCAGCAUCUAAACCAGGAUCCACACCUUCUCGUCCCUCAUCAGCCAAAAGGGCUUCGUCCAGCAGCUCAGCAUCCAAAUCUGAUAAAGAUUUAGAAACGCAGGUCAUACAGCUUAACGAACAGGUACAUUCAUUAAAACUUGCCCUUGAAGGCGUGGAAAAGGAAAGGGAUUUCUACUUCGGGAAGUUGAGAGAGAUUGAGCUACUCUGCCAGGAGCACGGGCAGGAGAACGAUGACCUCGUGCAGCGACUAAUGGAAGUCCUCUACGCUUCGGAAGAGCACGAGGGCCACCCGGAGGAGCCCGAGGCAGAGGAACAAGUCCACGAACAGCAGCCCCAGCAGCAGGAAGAGUACUGAACCAUCUCGGCAGCUCUCCACACCUCCGUUUGGGUGGGAACUUCUCUUCUGGAGAAUUGGAACACGUGUGGCCUCGAGCUCAUCAGAAACCAGUUGUUCCCCGUCUGCUGUUACAUCAACGCGCCGGCGCCCGUGCCAGCCACUGCGCUCGGUCCCCCUUUCUUUGCCAAGACACACUAGCAGCGCCGUGGGGCAGCCUCCCUGAGACAUCACGGGGUCACAUACCUUCAACUUCACCACUUGGCUGCUUGAGAUUGGUUCUGUUCUUUGCAUUUCUUUCCAGAAUAACUCUCCCCACCCCCCCACCCCCACCCUCCUUUUUAUCCUGGUGUGAAACAAUGGUAAUUUGAUAUAUGGUAUUUAUAUUGGCAUUUCUCAACCCAGUGUCACUAGAUAUCACACAUUUGUGGUGCUUUGAUGUUUGCAAGUUUAACCUCUGAACAUAAAUUUGGUCAAAUAAUAAAUUGGAACAAAGGGAAAGAGAUACUUGAUAUGAAAGCCAUAAUGACAGUGACUUGUUUCAUGGGGAAAAACACACAGUCAGUUUCUCCCUCUACUCACAAACUAAAGGGGAAAAAGGAAUCUAAAGUAGGACUUCAGGGCUCAGCAGUGUUCAUACAUCAGCACGUUAGACAACCACACAGUAUGUUAGUUUUGAAAGACAUUCACUCAAGGAAAACACCAUCUCAACUUGGCCCUCUAACUAACUGCUUGCCACCUCCUACACACACAGGUUCUCAUGCUGUUUGCUUUCUCAGGGUCCUCUUUGGUGGGCAGCCAAUCGCCCCAAAAGCUGUCAUCAGUUGUCUGCAGUCAAAGGGGGUCUGCAGGGGUACAGGUCCUCCUGCCUCCUUGUGUGGGUUUCAGCCCCAGUCCUGUCAUCCACGUGAGGGAAUUCCUACUAAAGAUUGACUUCAGGGUUUGCAGACCUUACAAACAGGAGCAUCAGCCCAAGGGAGACUCCUGGUUCUGAAGUCUGGUGUUGACACUGGAAUGACAGCACAGAAAAAUCUGACUCCCAAUGCCGUCUGGAGUUAAGGAAUUUCCCCUCUUUAAUACCAUGGCCCUCCUUGUCACUGACCUGUGCUAAACUGUGGCAACUCAUAAACAGAGGAAACAUUAAUGAAUUAAAAGCAUUCCUUAUUUUUUUAACUAAUAUUUGCACAUUUUCGUAGCAUCUUUCCAAAUCUUUGCCUCUUUUUUUCCCCCUUUGACAGAUCAUUCAUUUCACUUGGUUUCUAACUUUAGGUUUUCUUUCACUUGUUAUUUGACUUAGCAGGUGCAGCAAAAAACAACAAACAAGUGUGCCCACCCCACUCUCCUCUUGACUGAAAAGCUUAAAAUAAAUUUCUGAAUUAUGUAUCAUAAA